AUGAUUUGCCUGGUUCUGCACUGUGGUUUCCUGCUUCAUGCCAUUGAAACAUCCAUCACCGUUUAUUAUACAACCUUACCUCUCGCCAGUUCCCAGGGACAUUUCCCAAGUCUUGAAAAUGUGGGUGCUUUCAAGAACAUUUCCAUUGUGCCAUCCCAAGCGACCUGUGGACUGCCAGAAAGGAGUACUUUUUGUCAAAGUUCAGCUGUGGUUGAAAGUAUUAACUUUUGUAUCCGGCAAUUUUGCAUUCAGAAGUGUCCGUAUAGAUCAUCUCCAGCUUCUUAUGCUGCCAUUCUUUCAGAAGGCUUGGGCAAUGUUAUCCAGCAAGAUCAAAAUGAUGUGCCUCCUGGAUCUUUUAGCAACACAAGUAUUAUUUUUCAUGGUGAAAAGGGUUGUUUUUCCACUCCUCAUCCUCGGAAGCUUACUGUUUCAUUUACUUUAUCUGUAUGGUUGAAACCCGAGAAAGAAGGUGUAAUGUGUAUAGUGGAGAAAACUGUUCAUGGGCAGACUGUGUUCAAGCUUACAAUUUCUGAGAAAGAGACAGUGUUUUAUUAUCGCACUAUAAAUGGGCUGCAGCUACCGAUAAAAGUAAUGACACUGGGGAGAAUUCUGGUGAAGAAAUGGAAUCAUCUUAGCGUGCAGGUUCAUCACAACAGAAUUAGUUUCUUUAUAAAUGGCUUGGAAGAUGAUGAUACAGCCUUCGAUUCCAGAAUUCUCACAGGGCUAAUAGCAGAUCCCUCUAUUGAUGGUGAAUGGAGAAUUGGGCAAAAUUUAAAUGGUUCAGAGCAAUUUGUUGGGAGGAUGCAAGAUUUCAGAUUGUACCAAAUGGCCCUUACAAACAGAGACAUUUUUGAAGUAUGGUCUGGAAAAAUUCCUCAACUUCAUAUUCAAUCAGAAUGUCGCUGUCCUGGAAGUCACCCAAGGGUACAUCCUUUGGUUCAGAGGUAUUGCAUUCCUAAUGGGGCAGAUGACACAACGAAUGACAGAGUGCUCAGACUAAACCCUGAAGCUCACCCUUUAAGCUAUAUCAAUGAUAAUGAUAUUGGAACUACGUGGAUUUCAUCUAUAUUUAACACCACUGAACAUCUACGUCAUGGAGUAACCAUCACCAUUGACUUAGAAAAUGGACAGUACCAGGUGUUUUAUGUUAUAAUCCAAUUCUUCAGCCCUCAGCCUGAAGUAAUCCGAAUACAAAGAAAAAAGCAACCCUCCAUUGGUUGGGAAGACUGGCAAUAUUUUGCAAGGGAUUGUAGUGUGGUUGGAAUGGAGAAUAACGGAUCGCUGCAAUAUCCAGAUUCUGUAAACUGUCUACAGGUGGCUAGCCAUCCUCCAUAUUCCCAUGGAAAUAUUACUUUCAGUAUUCUUACUCCAGAACCAAAUCAUCGCCCAGGAUAUAAUGAUUUCUACAAUACACCAUCACUUCAAGAGUUUGUCAAAGUCUCAAAAAUUAAGAUUCAUCUAUUUGGCCAGUAUCACACUACUAUGCCCUGGGUUAAUUUUGGACAUAGAUACUAUGGAAUUGAUGAAAUUACAAUCAGUGGAAGAUGUAAUUGCUUUGGCCAUGCUGAUCAUUGUGACACAAGUCAUAAUCCUUACAAAUGUCUCUGUUCCGUGGAAAGCUACACAGAAGGCAACAAUUGUGAUCACUGUCAGCCACUGUACAAUGACAAGCCAUUCCAUCCAGGAGAUCAAGUUCAUGCUUAUAAUUGCAAACCUUGUCAAUGUUUUAACCAUGCUGUAAGCUGUCAUUACAACAGUACAAUAGAUUACUUUCCUAAUGAAUAUUAUAGAGGUGGUGGUGGAGUCUGCGAUAAUUGUCAACAUAACACCUCAGGAAGAAAUUGUGAGUUGUGUAAUGAUUUCUUCUAUCGGCAUAUAGAUGCGGAUCUCUCAGCUUUGGAUGUUUGUAAACCCUGUGAAUGUUACUCAGCAGGCACCAAAAAUGGUAGUUGUUUUUGCAAUAAGAUUGGAGGAAAAUGUAAUUGCAAAAGACAUGUGUCUGGUAGACAAUGCAAUCAAUGCCAGGAAGGAUUCUACAAUCUGCAAGAGUUCAACCCUGAUGGCUGCAGCCCCUGUAGCUGUAAUGCCUCUGGGACAGUUGAUGGAGAUACUACCUGUCACCAAAAUUCAGGCCAGUGCAAAUGCAAAGAAAAUGUUAUUGGUCUCAGGUGUGAUCAGUGCAAGUCUGGAUAUAAAGUCAUCCAGAAUAUUAAGCAAGAUGGGUGUGAGCCUUGCCUGUGUAACAUCCAUGGUUCCAUGAACAAUUUGUGUAAUCCUUCCACUGGACAGUGCACUUGUAAGAAAGAGGUUAAAGGACUUCAUUGUGAUACCUGCAUUGAUGGCUUUUAUUGGAUGGAUGCUUUUGGCUGUAAACCUUGUAGUUGUCAAAUAGCAGGAUCGGUUUCUGAUACAGUGUGCAAUCCCAAAACAGGACAGUGUAUUUGCAAGCCUAACUUUGGUGAAAGGCAAUGUGAUGAUUGCUUAAAUGGGUAUUAUAAAGAAUGGCAAAACAAUGCUUCAUUCUGUGUGCCAUGUAACUGUGAUAAGUCUGGUUCUGUAAAUGGCUCUUUAGUGUGUGACAAAUUGACAGGACAGUGUCCUUGCAAAUCUGGUGUCACUGCUCUUCAGUGCAAUCAGUGCAGGCCCUAUAUGUAUAACCUUACUACUCAAAAUAUUCUUGGCUGCAUGCCUUGUGACUGUGAUCCUUUAGGGACACUUCCAGGAACAGCAUGUGACCAAACCAGUGGACAAUGUAUUUGUCAGCCUCACCGCCAGGGAAGAAGAUGUGAAAAGUGUAAGCCAGGUUUUUAUAUUUGUGCACCUAGUGAGAGCAGCUGCCUUCCCUGUUUGUGCCAUCCAAGUGGCUCAGUCAGCAAUACUUGUGACACUCUCACAGGCCAGUGUGUUUGCCAUGAUUCCUCUGUAUCUGGGAUGAAAUGUGACCAUUGCAGUGACAACUAUUUUGGAUUCAACUCAGAAACUGGGAAAUGUCAGCAUUGUAAUUGUCAUCCUGCUGGAGCUAUUAAUUGGACUUGUCAUCCCAUUACUGGACAAUGUAUGUGUAAACAAUUUGCAGCUGGCUUAAAAUGUGACAACUGUGUUCCCAAUGCUAGCAAUUUGGAUAUCCACAACCUAUUUGGCUGCAGUAAAACUCCUUCCCAGCAGCCUCCCCCCAAAGGGCAGAUUGUAAAUUCGUCAGCUAUCAGAGUCACUUGGAAUCCACCCGAUUCUCCCAAUUCAAAUUGGCUUGCUUACAAACUGUACAGAAAUGGGACUCAGAUCUACACAACAGAGGACUACCAUCCUUACAGCCUCCAGGUCUUUGUUGAUAGCGAUUUACUUCCGUAUACCUUCUAUACGUAUUACCUUGAAGCAAGCAACAUCCACGGAUUUACAAGAAGUACUGAGUUGACCUACAGAACACAACCUGGGAUACCUCUAGGAAAUCUGCAUUUAAAUCCAGUCUUUCCUGUUGGACCCUAUUCUAUUUCUUUUAACUGGACAGCCUUAUCAAAUGACACUGGUCCAAUAGAGAAAUACAUUUUGACGUGCAUUUCUUCAUUUGAACAUCGAUCUUGUGGCCAGCAUGAAAGCUUGGGGACUUCUAUAACUGUCUGGAAUUUAGUUCCAUUUGAAAAAUACAACUUUUAUGUUCAAGCAUGUACUAGUGGAGGCUGUUUGCUAAGCCAGCAACUGUCAAUAGUUACUGCACAAGCACCUCCUGAGGAGCAGCUACCUCCAGUCAUAAGGAAUAUUAGCUCUACUGAAUUGGCUGUAGAAUGGGUCCCACCCAGGAAAACCAAUGGUGUAAUUAUUAGAUAUGAAUUAUAUAUGAAAGGAAGUGUACAAUCCAAUGGAAGUCAUGUUUCCCCUGAGAACUGUGUUUUCCAAAGCAAUGGAUGGUUCAAUCUUCAUCCAGUGGAAGAAUCUAUACAUGAGAAAGCUUUGACACCACCUGUAACUAGUACUGUCAUCACUGAUUUGGAGCCAUUCACAGACUAUGAGUUCCGUGUUUUAUCAGCCAAUAUGGCUGGCAGCACAUUUUCAAAUUGGACAUUGCAAAGAACAGCAGAGGCAGCUCCUGUAUUCAUGCCACUUCCAUCAGUAUUCCCUCUUUCACCAUAUUCUCUGAAUGUGUCUUGGGAAAAGCCACAAGAUAAUGAAGCAAGAGGAGAAGUGAUGGGGUAUAGCGUCAAUGUAAUUACCGAACAAAAAGUAUUGCCAAUGUUUUCUCAGCCUUUGUAUGUUGCUGAAGCCCAUGAGCAAUCCUUUGUAAUGACUGGACUGAAGCCAUACAGAAUGUACUUUUUUACCAUUACUCUCUGCAAUCGAAUUGGAUGUGUCGACAGUAAGCCAGGAAUGGGACAAACUUUAGCUGCUGCUCCAGUUCGGCUAAUAGCACCUGACACUGAAGGAAUAAACAGCACUGUAAUAAAGAUAACUUGGCAUGAGCCUGAAGAACUUAAUGGACCUCCUCCAGUUUAUCAGCUGGAAAGAAUAGAUAUAUCUUUAGUAACAUCCACUGUAAAUGUAAAAAAAGGAACCCGUUUUCCAGGAAAUGGGUAUUACAAGUUUCCAAAUUCUAUGUUGCCUACAAACACUUAUUUUACAGGUAAGCAAAUUUCAUUCAUUGGUUCUGCUAUUGCUGUAACUCCAGAAAAUGAUGGUGGAAGGCAAUAUAAUGAUAACAAUUGGCAUCAUAUAAGUGCAAUAAGAAAUGAAGCCUUGGGAACAAUAAUUAUAGAUUGGCAAUUCUCAGGUUCCUCAUCAGCUACAAGUGGUAGUACCAUUAUAGGAGAAAAUACAGGUAUUUUUGUUGGAGGACUUCCACAAGACUUUAUAAUUGAAAGGAAAGACAUAGUCACAAAGGGAUUUGUGGGGUGUCUCUGCGAUAUCUUCUUGCAAAAGAUGCACCAUCCCUAUGAAGUCUGGGAAUCUUUAAAAUGGGAAAAAGCAGUGGAGCAAAGAAAUGUUUAUCACAAUUGGGAAGGUUGUCCUACUUGCCUUGAAGAUGGAGCACAUUUUCUUGGGAAAGGUUUCCUAGAACUCCAUUCAAAUAUUUUUCAUGGUGGCAUGGAUUUUGAGAUCUCCUUUAUGUUUAAAACAGAUCAAUUCAGUGGUUUACUUCUGUUCAUUUACAACAAAGAUGGGCCUGAUUAUAUUGCUGUAGAACUGAAAAGUGGAAGUCUGAUUUUCCUACUAAAUAAUGGCAUUGUCUCCACACGUGUGAAUCUCUGGUUAGGACUAUCUUACUGUGAUGGAAAGUGGAAUAAAAUGAUUUUGUCAAAAAGAGGAUCGGUAGCUUCAGCAAGGAUGAAUGAAUGGACAGACCAUGUGAUGGAACCUGAUUUGAAGCAACUAUUUGUAAACUCUCCAGUCUAUCUUGGAGGGACUCCAGUUGAGAUCCAAGAAACAUUUAAAGACCUGGGCUUAGAACAGGGUUUUGGAGGCUGCAUGAAGGAUGUUAAAUUUACACGAAGUGCUGUCGUUAACUUGGCAUCUGUGUCCAGCAGUGCUGUCAGAGUCAAUCUGGAUGGAUGCCUAUCAACUGACAGUGCUGUAAACUGCAGGGGAAAUGACUCCAUAUUAGUGUAUCAAGGCAAAGAGAAACAUGUAUAUGAUAAUGGUCUGCAACCAUUUACAGAAUAUUUAUAUCGGGUAAUUGCUUCUAAUGAAGGAGGAUCUGUAUCUAGUGCCUGGAGCCGUAGUCGCACAAGAGAAUCAGUACCACAAAACGUGCUGACACUCUCAAGAAUUCACAGCAUAAAUGGUCACAGCAUUGAAGUUACAUGGGAUGAACCAGUUGGGGUCAAAGGUGUAAUUGAAAAGUACAUUUUGAAAGCUUCCAGUGAAGAUGGUUCCAACAUAUCUGUUGUCAGUACAGAGAUUUCUAAUACUAGUUCAUGUACAGGCCUGCUGACAGGUUUGCGUCCCUUCGCAAACUAUGCUGUAACCCUAAUGGCUUGCACUUUGGCGGGCUGUACGGAGAGCUCACAUGCCUUGAACAUCUCCACUCCACAAGAAGCUCCACAAAAUGUCCACCCACCCACAAGUGUUUCAUUCCCCACAUCUUUAUGGUUGAGUUGGGCUCCUCCAAAAGCACCAAAUGGCAUAAUCACACAAUAUAUUUUAUAUAUGAAUUCUCAACAAAUUUAUACUGGAAAUGAAACCAAGCUUAUUGUCAAAGAUUUGAAAGUUUUUACCCCAUACCAGUUUUGUAUCUCUGCUUGCACAAUGGUUGGCUGCAAAAACAGUACACAAGUCACAGUGCUUACAACGGAGUUCCCACCAGUUCACGUGGAUGUGCCAGAUCUGAUCAUUUUGGAUUCUAGAACACUAGAAGCACAGUGGGAUAUUCCAAAGGAAGUAAAUGGAACGAUAUAUAGCUGUAUCCUGUACAUUGCCAAGAAAGAGAAAACAUCUAUAGUUUGGGAUGCAAUUUAUAACUCUACAGAUCUUUUUCAGAACUAUACUGUACAAGACCUUUCCCCUGGUACUGAAUACUUCAUCAAGUUAGCAGUCUGCACUACAGGGGGCUGUACAAUGAGUGAAAUCGUUUCAGUAAAAACAAUGAACACUGGCCCAGAAGGGGUUCCAGCUCCUGAAGUCCAGUCAUAUUCCUCUGACUCUUUUAACAUUUCAUGGACUAAGCCAGAGUACAUGAAUGGAUUUAUUACCAGCUAUGGAUUGUACAUGAAUGGCACUCUGGUGCAGAAUUCCUCAAAACUGACCUAUUAUAUUUCUGGCCUUUCUCCUUGGAGUCUCCAUGCCUUCAGAGUUCAAGCGUGCACAGCAAAUGGCUGUGCUUUGGGCCCACUGGUAAAAGUUCGUACAACUGAAGAUGUACCUAAAGGAAACAUUGAACUAUUUGUAAUUAAUGGUGGAACCAAAGAAGUUAAAAUGAAAUGGUUUCCUCUGAAUGAACCCAAUGGGCAAAUAAUGUAUGCUGUACUUUUCACUGGAAUCUUUUACACUGACAAAGCUAAUGGCAAUUACAGUAUUUUAAAUUGCACACAAAUUUUACAUAUCGGCAAAGAAGCAAAUGUCUGGGUGUCCAUUGGAGGACUAAUUCCAUUUUCCAACUACACAGUGGAAGUGAAUGCUUCUAAUAGCCAAGGUUAUGUGAUCAGUGUUCCUGUAGAAAUUGCUCUGCCUGCUGGUGCUCCAGAUGGCAUGUUGCCUCCUAGACUUUCAUCUGCUACUCCAACCAGUCUUCAGGUUUUCUGGUCUACACCAGUUCACAACAAUGCUCCAGGCUUACCCACAUACCGACUCCAAAUAAGAUUUAAGAACUGCUCAGAAAAUAAUACAGAGUUGUUUUCUAAACCAACAAUUUAUUUACAUCACAUACUGAAGGAUCUGCAACCAUAUACAUCUUAUGAGUUGAGAGUUAUUGCCUGCAAUGAAUAUGGUGAUACAUUCAGCAGCUGGACUCUGAUAGAUACAGAAGAGGAUAAACCAGGACCUAUUGACCCACCACUAAUCCUGGAAGUGAAAGCCAGAGAAACAACCAUUUCCUGGCAGCCUCCUUUAAGGCCAAAUGGCAUUGUCACCCACUACAACAUCUAUCAAAACAGCCAUCUGCAUUCUACUGUUCCAGGAGCUAGAGCAAAAUAUAUUGCAUCUUUCUUGCAACCAUAUACAGUUUACCGAUUUCAAGUAGAAGGAUGCACUUCCAAAGGGUGCUCCCUUUCCUCUGAGAGCCUACCUAUACAAACCCUUCCAGAUGCACCUGAAGACAUCCCUGCUCCAGAAUUAUACUCAGACACACCAACAUCUGUGCUUGUGUCGUGGCAAUCUCCUCUUCAUUUAAAUGGACCAGUUGAAAGCUUCACAAUAGAGAGGAGAAUAAAGGGAACAGAACAAGUAUCCGCAGUAGCCUCUUUUCCUUCCAAUUGUUCCAAGACUUAUCUAGACAAAAGUCUUAGCCCUUGGAAAAAAUAUGAAUACAGAAUAUUGGCAAGCACUUUUCAAGGUGGCAUUAACAGCAGUUCUUGGGUAGAAGUCAUCACAAGGCCCUCAAGACCUGAAAACAUCCAGGCUCCUAAGGUGCAAGCAUUAGAUCCAUAUACUGCCCAGGUUUCCUGGGAGUCUCCUUCUAUUUUAAAUGGAGAAAUAUUGAGCUAUGAGAUCUACAUGCCAAACCCUCGGAUCACUAUAACUAACAAUUUGACAACUUCUAUGAGCCACAUAGUAACCAACCUGAUCCCUUUCACAAAUUACUCGGUCACCAUAGAAGCUUGUACUGGAGGUGGAGAUUACAUUGGAGGGUGCACCAAGAGUCUACCAACAUAUAUGGUUACACUUCCAACAUUUCCCCAAAAUAUCAGUUCUGUGACUGUGACCCCAAUUAAUGAAUCAGUAAUUACUGUGUAUUGGCAACCACCAUCUAAAACCAAUGGACAUCACAUAAGAUAUGAGCUCCUGAGACUUAAAAUCCAGCAGCCACUUGCGUCAAAUCCCCCUGAAGAUUUAAAUCUCUGGGACAAUAUUUACUCAGGAACUCAGUGGUUUUAUGAAGAUAAGGGUCUUAGCAGGAAUACAACAUAUGCAUAUAAGCUGAUAGUACGUAAUGAAGUAGGAUAUAUGUCAAGUGAAGAAGUGAUUGUUACAACAUUAGGAGGAUUUUCAGAGAAAGGCACUAAUGUUACUGCAAAGCCUCUUAACCACACUGCUAUAGAAGUGAAAUGGACCACUCCAACCUUACAAGAUGUUCAAGGAAGUGUUGAAUAUUAUUUCCUUUCCUGGAAUGACACUGUCCAAAUAAACUCCAAAAAGGUCCCUGCAAGUAAAAAUAGUGCUGUUAUUGGUGAAUUAUAUCCAAUAUAUCAGAUUUUGCUUCAAGUUUUCAAUGGACUUCAUAGCAUCAAAAGUGAAUCUGUGCAAGAGACUACACCAGAUGUAGAGCCAGAGGACCUGUUCCCUCCAGAGGUUGUAAUCAUCAAUAGUACAGCUGUAUGUGUCAUUUUGGCAUUGCCUUCAAACUCAAAUGGUGUUGUCACAGAAUAUUCUAUUUAUGUAAAUAAUAACCGAUUUGAGACCAGAAUGAAAGCGCCUGGAUAUUUCAUUGUAGAAGAUUUGUCUCCAUUCACUCUUUAUGACAUACAGGUUGAAUCCUGUAGAAGAAAUAUUUGUGUGAGAAGUAAUGGAACUCAAAUUAGAACUGCAGAAGAUGUGCCUGAAGACUUAUCACCACCAUGGAUCUAUGUCCUUGGUUCAAGAUCACUUCAGAUUAACUGGACAUCACCAGGACAACCAAAUGGCAUUAUUUUAGGAUAUGAACUAUUGCGGAAAGCUCAACAUCCCUGCACUGAGGAAAAGCAACUGUCAAAAUAUCAAAGUGAAGGAACUUGCCUGCUCUUGGAAUGCAACAUUCAUGAAAACAUGCAUGGAAGACGAUGCUGUAAUCCCCAUUUUAAGAUAUGUUACAAUGGGAAUCAGUACAAUACUCCAAGUUUCCAAUGCUGUGUGGACAAGUAUCUUUCAUUUCUUCUGAAUGCAUCAUGUGCUUGUUGUGGACAUCAGAGGUAUACAGUGGAACCAGAGUAUCAAUGUUGGGGUAACUAUUCUACACGGAUAUUCACAGGAAUGUUCUGUUGUAGACAUGAAUAUGUGAAUAUGUCAAGUAUAGUAUGCUGCUCAGCUUUCAGUGGUGAAACUAAAGCCCACAUUAAAAAGAAUAACUCAGUGCCAUUAAAAUGCUGUGUGACUGAACUUAUUCCAGAGAGCGAAGAAUGUUGUAAUGGACUUGGAUAUAAUCCCUUGAAAUAUGUUUGCGCUGACAGGAUUUCAUCUAGAAUGAUGAUGAAGGUAAUUGAUAGAAAACCUCUUGAUAAGAAUCUAGAACCUCAUAUUACAUAUGAAUACAGGCUAGCUGUGUGGAACAAACAUGGGAAAGGUUUUAGUGAAAUGAACAAUGCAACCACUAACCAAGAUGUCCCUGAAGGUGUAAAUCCACCUCAUUGGACAAAAGUGGAUAAUCGUGAAGAUGUAAUAUUUUUAACAUGGAAGGAACCUUGUCAACCAAAUGGUAUCAUCAUUUAUUAUAUUAUUCUCCGAAAUGGAGUUGAACAUUUCAGAGGAAAGGAACUGAGCUUCAUGGACACCAGUGGUAUUCAACCAUACCAGGAAUACUCAUAUUUACUGCGUGCUUGCACCGUGGCUGGAUGUUCAGACAGUAGCACAGUAAUUGCAGUCACUGUCCAAGGAAUUCCAGAGAAUGUUCUGCCACCAACAAUUAUACCUCUAAAUGCAACAACCUUGCAUUUGAGUUGGGUGGAACCAAAGAAGCCAAAUGGUUUAAUCAAAAAAUACCUCAUCCAUCAAAUUGGAAGGGGAAUUAUAUGUACUGGCCCUGCAGACCAGGUGCAGCACACUGUCACAGAUCUUCAGCCUUAUGAAAACUACAAUUUCACACUCACAGCAUGUACAUUUGCUGGUUGUACUACCAGUCAGACAACUUCAGGUAGAACAUUGCAAGCUGCUCCUCAAGGAGUAUGGUCACAACCUCGUCAUAUUACCGUAAGCUCUAAAAUAGUAGAAUUGUAUUGGGAUGAGCCAGAAAAAAACAAUGGAAUUGUCAUUCAAUAUAGAUUAUUUUGUAAUGGAGAGGAGAUUUUCAAUGGUGGUGGAGAAAAUAUGAAUUUCACUCAUUCUGCCAUGCAACCAAAUGACAGAUAUGUUUACCAGCUAGAAGCCAGUACAUGGGGUGGUAGCAAUAUCAGUGAAAAAUAUAUUGUCCAGACACCAGCAACAACACCGGAGGAGAUUCACAUACCAUAUAAUAUCACAGUAAUCAAUGCAUAUUCCAUAUUUGUAGCAUGGAACAUUCCUGGGUCAUUUGAGAGCAAUGUGCCUUUGGAGUACAAUAUAUUACUAGAUGCUGGCAGUACCUCCCCACUUGUAAAACCAGUUGGGCAACCCAAAUUCAUUCUUCUGAAUGGACUUGAUCCAUACACUAAAUAUGAGAUAAGGAUACAAGCCUGCCAGAAUGAAAUACACAUUGGAGAAACUCCAUUCCCAAUUAAUCCUACAUCAUUUGACAGCCCUACCAUACAUCUCUUUCAUCUACAGGGAAAGAUCUAUCAAACUUACUUAUCUGGUUUGAAGCCAUAUACAACCUACCACAUUCAUAUUGCUGCUGUCAAUAAUGCUGGGCAAGUUGCUAGUCCAUGGACUUCAGUGCGCACCCUGGAAGCUUCCCCAAGUGGCCUAAGCAAUUUUACAGUAGACAAGAAAGAGAAUGGCAGGGCAUUAUUACUCAGAUGGGCAGAGCCUUCCAAGCCCAAUGGUAACAUUAAGAUUUACAAUAUUUUCAAUGAUGGUAAUCUAGAAUAUAGUGGUUUGUCUCGUCAGUUCCUCUUCAGACGUCUUGAGCCCUUCACUGAAUACACUCUCCUUCUUGAAGCUUGUACAGCAGCUGGUUGCACUCACUCUUCACCGCAGCAAAUUUGGACAGAUACAGCCCCUCCUGCUUCUCAGAUGGCUCCUGUAAUCGUUUUGGUGAAUGCAACCAACAUUGAAUUGAGCUGGUCUGAGCCAAUUAAUUCAAAUGGAAAAAUAAUGCGCUAUGAAGUUAUUCACAGACAUACCAAAGAAAAUGCUUCAGGGGAAAAUAGCACGACAGAAAAAGAGAACAUUGUUUUCACAGAAUAUAACACUGGGAGUAAUGCAUUUGUAUAUCAUGCUCAGCAUUUGCAGCCAUGGACUACAUAUGAAUAUAAAAUACGUGCCUGGAAUUCAGCAGGCUACACUGAUAGUCCUUGGUCUGCUGCAAAAACCAGUCAAGCUGCCCCAGAAGGCAUGGCUGCUCCCACAUUAACUUAUAUCCCUCAAAAUCCCAGCAAAAUAUGGAUUUCAUGGUCAUUCCCAGAAAAAAGCAAUGGUAUUCUGUUGUCAUAUAAGCUCCAAAGAAAUAAUGUUCCCUAUCCUUUUAGCUUUGAUGCUUCAACGUUCAAUUAUACUGAUGAAGGCUUGCUUCCAUAUACAGAAUAUAAUUAUGUGAUAACUGCUUGUACCCUGGGAGGGUGCUGCUCUAGUGACCAUUCCAGAAUACGGACAUUAGAGGCAGCCCCAGCAAUAGUCAGCCCUCCUAUUCUAGAAGGUAUACAUUCAACCCAGAUUAAUAUAUCUUGGUCGCCACCCCAAAUUCAAAAUGGUGAAAUCAUAAAGUAUAUUUUAAAGCUGAAUGGUGAAGAACAAUAUGUUGGAAAGGGUUUAUUCAAGACAGUAGUGAAUCUACAACCUUAUACUAAAUAUGACAUCACAUUGUUUGCUUGUACCAAUGGAGGGUGCACUGUUAGUGCAUCCCAAACUGCUUGGACAACAGAAGCCCCUCCUCUUAACUUAGAUCCCCCUAAGUUACGAGUGAUAGAUUCUGAAUCUAUAGAAAUUACAUGGAAAGCUCCCAAUAAUCCAAAUGGUAAAAUCCAGUUUUAUGAGCUAAGGAGGAAUGGAUUGCUGGUUUAUUUGGGUCUAGAUAAACACUUUAAGGAUUUUAUGUUAACUCCUGGAGUAGAAUACAUUUAUACUGUUACUGCAAACAAUAGCCAAGGGAGUGUCACCAGUCAGAUAGCCAAGAUAAGAACCGAUCCUUCUGCCCCAUCUGGAAUGUCUCCACCUCUGUUGCAUCCAUGGACCUCACAGACAAUUUUGGUUAUUUGGGAUCCUCCAGCAAAGAUUAAUGGUAACCUGAUCAAUUAUACUAUCGUUCUUCGGGAGCCUAUUAAAUCACAAAAAAAAGUGAUUUACCUGGAUUCAUUCCACGAUUCUCUUGGAAGACAAUCUUACAAUUUAACAGAACUUAAACCCUAUCACAGGUAUGAAGUACGGAUACAAGCCUGCAGUCUUCUGGGCUGCACUCACAGUGAAUGGUCCUCCAUACAAACUCUUGAAGCACCCCCUGAAAUACAGCCAGCUCCUUUCAUAGAUGUCCAGUCAAGUCCUGAUGGAUUCCAGACUGUUCUUUCCAUUGUAUGGACUGGCCCAAAGUACCCAAAUGGAAACAUCUUACAUUAUGAGCUUUAUCGAAGACAGCCAGUACCCAAUCAACACAAUGCCAGCCUUGUUUAUAAUGGUUCAUCCACUUCAUUCAAAGACGACACACUCUUGCCUUACACCGAAUAUGAAUAUCAGGUUUGGUCAGUUAAUUCUGCUGGCCAAACUGCUAGCAAUUGGACAAAAUGUAAGACUGGCCCAGCCCCUCCUCAAGGACUACCUGCUCCUUUGUUUGAAACAGUAGCUUCUACUUCUGCUGUAGUCAACAUCCGUCCUCCUCUAAAGCCAAAUGGAAUAAUCACCCUCUACAGGUUCUUCUCCAAUAGCACCAAAGGAAAGGAGAACGUGCUCUCAGAAGGAACUACUGCCCAGCAGACAAUCCAUGGACUUAAACCUUUUACCACUUAUUCUAUUGGGGUUGAAGCUUGCACAUGCUUCAACUGUUGCAGUCAGGGACCAAUGGCUCAAAUCACCACUCAGCCAGCUCCACCCAGCCAGCAGCCUUCUCCCGAUAUACAGAGCCUGACUUCAAGAAAUGCUUCUUUUCUGUGGGAUGCUCCUCAGGAACCCAAUGGCAUUGUGACAAGAUAUGAACUCCACAUGUACACAUCCUGUCUUCCUUGGUUACUUCCUAUAGAAAGAGUUUGUAAGCCUGGACCGAUUGAGGUGAGAUAUAAAGGAAAUAACCGGCAUUCCAGUGUGAGUGAUCUUCAGCCUUAUACAACCUACAAACUGAGAGUGGUAUCCUACAAUUCAGUUGGAAGCACUACUUCAGAAUGGAUUACUUUUACUACUGAAAAAGAGGUCCCUCUAUACAAUUCUCCAUUUAUCAUAAUCGGAAAUUUAUCCACCAUCUUUCUGGAUUGGAGUCACACCUUCCUACUGAAUGGGCUUCUGAAGGAAUAUGUGCUAAUGGAAGGAGGGCAACGCAUCUACAGUGGCUUUGAUACCAGACUGUACUUGCCAAGGACAUCUGACAAAAUUUAUUUAUUUCAGGUGACUUGCAUCACUGAUGAAGGGAGUGCUGUAACACCAGUAAUCAAGUACAAUGCUGCUACUGGAUUUGGUCCUGUCUUGACAACUCCAGGAGAAAAUAACAAAGGCAACACAAAGCAAGCAAUGUUCUACACAGAGUUGUGGUUUGUGAUACUAAUGGCGAUCCUUGCCUUGAUUCUUCUAGCAAUUUUCCUGUCUCUAAUUCUACAGAGAAAAAUAAACAAGCAGCUGUAUUCACGGGAAAGGCCUCCUUUAGUCUCAGUUCAAAAGAGAAUGUCACCAAUGAAUGUCUAUUCACAAGGAGAAGCUCACAUGGGACUGUCAGAUACAAAAAUUCCAGGACCAGCAUCGCCUUUGAGUAUGCACAGCAGUACAAAUGUUUCCGUCCUCCAGGGGCCAAGCCAAAGCCAGAUAGAGGAUAGGUUUUCCCAAGAUUCUCUGCAUGGAAGUGUCAGUCAGCUCAUUGAAGCAUCUGAGCAAAAGUCCUCGGUACAAGAUACUGUUUGGGAUGCCAUUAUUCAUGGCCAUGACAGCAAUUUGUGUGCGGAUUAUGAAGAUCUUGUGAGCACUAUCAAAAGCUUCAGUACAGUCACCAAACCACAUACAACAUUUACUGAUACACACUUGUAAGUUAUUUAGUACUGUUGCCACAUAAUAGAAAAGAUAACGUGAAAAGCCUUGAAUAUUUGCUCUUUGUAGUCAUUAUGAAGUAAUGCUUCUCCUGAAAUUUUUCUAGUGUUUAUGAAUUACAUCUUGUAUUGUAAAUAUGUGAAAGCUAUUUUCUUUUUAUCAAAACUUAGAAGCUUCUUUUCUAGUAGUACAAAUGUAGAGCAAAUGUAUUUAUUUGAGAGGUACAUAUCAUUAAUUUUUUAAAUGCAUUUUUUGGCAAAUAAAUAGUGCUACACAAACUUUAUACAGCUCAUUGAGGGAACUGGUUGGAUAAAAUGGGGAAAAAGUAAAGCCAUACACACAAAUUUAUCAAGGCAG